AUGAUCACGGUUCACGUACUGCCAACGGUGGUAAUCGUCUACUCCCCUUUGGCUCAGCAGGUCGAGGAGUGGACGAACGUGCCACAAGGGCACUUUAGCAUGCGUCGAUUUGCUAUCAGGUCACUAAUGCUUUUUGGAAUCGUAUUCACUGCGGAAUCAAUACCCCACUUUGGAGUGUUCUUGGAUCUGGUUGGCGGUUCAACGAUCACCUUGAUGACGAUGCUGCUGCCAAGCGUAUUUUACCUAUUCCUAUAUGCAUCUCAUAAGAAACGCAAAGAUCUCAUCAGUACAAUGCAAAUCUCGCCGGAUUCGCCUGACGAUCAGCUAGCUGGAUUUGCCGAGUAG